GCUCCUACAAGGAGAAACGAGCAAAAGAUACAGAUAUCACACUCAAGGAGAUUACACGGAUACUGGACUCUUCAGCCUGACCUCCAUGUAAGCCACUUGAUACAAUGGCAUUAAAAAUGGAGGAAAUGAGCAUGGUGGGAUUUUUUUUCUUCAGCGAUGUGGAAAUGGAAAAAAGCCCCAUCAAUUUUCAAAAUAAAGUUUUCCUGCAACACUUUGUAUUUGGUGACGGAUGAUUGGGAUCCAGAGAAGAAGAAAAAAAGAAGAAGAAACUAGUAUGAGACCAAAACCAGUAAAUGACACAUACAACAAAUUACACAAAAUGGAAAAAAGUUUCAUGUGACAGAAGUAAACUGCUCUCAGUCAUCACCCUUUGAACAACAUUUAGUUGGAUUUUAUUUUCAGACAAUAAUGAGACUUAUACAAAGAUUUAAAAGUAUUAUGCAUGUAAUAAUAUUUAUGCAUCUUAUAUUUAUUUCAUUAUCCUGCUUUUAUUCUGUUGUUUUAGCAGAUAAUCUUAUGAUCUACUGAAUUGCUUUAAUAUGCACUCACCAGACACUUUAUUAGGUACACCUUACUACUCAUUUCUUCAUGGUUCAGCGAGCUGCUGGAGAUAUUCCUCAGAGAUUUUGGUUCAUAUCGUCGCGACAGACACAGCUGCUGCAGAUUUGUUGGCUGCACUUCCAUGAUGUGACUCUCCUGUUCCACCACAUCCCUAGUGUGCUUUGUUGGAUUGACAUCUGGUGGCUGUGGAGGCCGUCUGAGUACAGUGAACUCGCUGUCAUGUUCAAGAAACCAGUUUGAGAUGAUUUGAGCUUUUUCAUGUGGUGUGUUAUCCAUCAGAUGAUGUGUACACUGUGGUCAUAAAGAGAAGGAAAUAGUCAGCAGCAAUGCUUAAUUAAGACCAAGAUUUAAAUGAUCCUCAGCUGGAACUAAGGGCCUCAAAAUCUGCCAAGAAAAUAUCGCGAACACUAUUACACCACCAGCAGCUUAAACCAUUGAUACAAGUCAAGAUGGAUCCAUGCUUUCAUGUUGUUUACACCAAAUUCUGACCCGACCAUCUGAAUGUCGCAGGAGAAAUUAAGAUCGACCAAGCAAUUGUCCAAUUUUGAUGAGGCCACACAAACUAGAGUGUCCAUUCCGAGUCGUUAGCCAGUGUUAGUGGUGCGCCGUGAUCUUCUGCUGCUCAAGGUUCGACGUGUCGUGUGUUCGGAGAUGCUCUUCUGCAUUCCUUGCUUGGAACGAGUGGUUUAAGUCGCCUUCCUCAAAGCAGCCUGCCUGCUCUCUUCUGAGCUUUGGCAACAGCAAUUCAUUUUCACCCAGAGAACUGACGCUCACUGGAUACUUUCUCCGUGCUUAAAUUCACUUAUUCGCUGACCUCUGAUUGGCUAAUCCAAUAUUUUGUUUUGCCCAAGACAAUGAGCAGUUGAACAGGUGUUUCUUAUAAUCCGGUGAGUGUCAUAGUUUGCUAAUUAGAGCGUCUUUAAUAUAUUUAACUGAUGAAUACAUUUACAUUAUAAUGGGAUUAUAAGUUAGCAAUUUAUUCCUGUUUUUCAUAAAGCUUAAUGACCUAACAGGUAAGCUUCACUUAUGCCUCAUCGGCACUUUUUUCCCCACUUUGUGAUCAAAUGAACACAAAUAAAUUCAUGAAAUACCAUCCUGUCUCGUGUGGGUUUUUGUUAACCAGUUUACCAUAUUUUAAGAGCACAGUUCCCCUCUGGUGCAAAGAACGUGAAAAAUUACAGAUAUUAAUAAUUACCUGAACAGAGUCGUUGCUGCAGUAAACUGUCACCGUGAGCAAUCACUGUGACACAAACUGGAGGAUUCAUUUUGAUAUUUGCAUCUGUGCUCUAAGUAUAUGUCGCAACGUCUUCACUUAAAGACAUUUCAAAAACAUGUGAUGACACAAGCGUGUGCUGUAACACACGGGGGAAGGAGACAGGACAUUGGGUCAGCGCUGUGCAAAAUCCCCAAAUUGUAUCAUGUUUAAAGAGUUGCUCUUGAACGUCAGACUCAUUUGGGUGCCCAGCCUUUGUCAUCUUUAGAGCCAUGUCAAUUGUCUAUGUCUUUGAAGACUAUUUCUCUUGGAAUGACUCCAGUAUCAAUGACUCCAGUAUCAAUGAGUCCAGCACAUUCACUCCAGAUCCACAUACCUUAAAAUGUGGACACAAACCUCUGGAACCUACAGCAGCUAUUACCCUAUGUUUAAUCCUCAUAGGCAUCUUCUUACUGGCUAUACCAGGAAACCUGCUGGUAGGAUGGGUGAUCAGGACCAGCCAACAAACUCUGACUCCAUCAGAUGUAUACCUGUUCCACCUGACCAUAGCAGACGGACUGAUGGCUCUGACGCUCCCGUUCUUUGCUGUAGCACUGAUCCAAGGAUGGGUCUUUGGAGACUUCCUGUGUAAAUUCCUCAACCUCGUCAUGGAUGCAAACUUCUACACCAGCAUCAUCUUCCUCGCCUGUAUUAGCAUCGAUCGUUACCUUGUGAUUGUGCACGCCAGGGAGACACUCAAGAGCCGUCAGAGGAUGUGCAGCAAAAUGCUCUGCACAGCGGUGUGGGCCCUCGGUUGUGCCCUCGCUCUUCCUGCUCUUUUCAAUGAUGUCAGGGAGAAAGAUGCCGAGAAGAUGAUGUGCUCUGUGAGCUUUGACAUCGGCAACUCCAUCGUAUGGAGGCUCGCCACUCGGGGAUUCAUUCAUAUUUUUGGCUUUUUGGUCCCUGCGAUUGUCAUGAUAUCCUGCUACAGCAUCACUGUUGCACGGCUGCUGCUCACUCGUGGUUUCCAGAAGCACCGAGCCAUGCGGGUGAUCAUAACCGUGGUGAUUGCGUUUCUGCUCUGCUGGACACCAUACCAAAUAACCAUCAUGGUAGACAUACUGCUGAGAGCUGAUCUAGUAAAGUUCGACUGUGCUGUGAGGAGGUCGGUGAGCACAGCCGUGGUUGCAACCCACUGCCUGGCUCUGCUGCACAGCUGCAUCAACCCUUUCCUCUAUGCCUUUGUGGGAGAGAAGUUCAGGAAGAAGAUGAAACUGCUUCUUCAUAGAAAGCUCAGACAGGAAAGGAUGUCAGGGUCAAGGUUCAGCAGGUCAACAUCUCAGACCUCAGAAGGCAUUGGAACAGUUCUCUGAGUGCUCAGUGAAUUUUUUUAUCUCAAGACUUCUAGAAAACAAACUGCUUUUAAAUAUAUAAAUGAAGGAAAGAUUGAUCAUUUAAAUUUGUCUAGUUGUCCAAAGUUUAAUUAUUAGAGUGAAUCAUUUCUGCACCAUUUAAUACAUAUUAAGGGCACUGAAUUUGCACCAAAAUCAUGGACUGAAUAGCAAACAUGGCCACCAGUAGAAUCUGUGCUCCAUUAAAGAAAUGUAAGAGCCAUAUUUUUUUUUAAAAUUUGGCUCAUGUAAAUUAUUUUAAAUCUUAUGUGGGGGAAUUUGGACCUGAUGAUGUCAUCUUAGAGCUGUAAAUAUCUUUUAUUUCAAUUUCUUGACUUAUUUUAUAACUGGUUUUUAAUUGACUAACAUUUUUAUAUAUUAGUUACUAUUGUCACACACAAUCAACUAAACCAACUGCGACUUAUGGUAGAUUACUUAAGGGUUUAAAAUAAGAUUAAUAAUUACAAAGUCUAGGUCUCUUUGCUCUUGCUGCAGGGUAGUGUGGAUAUUGUGCAUUAUUUAAAUGUCCUUGCCCAGAUUUCAUAUUAAGUUUACGUGCUGCAUUGCUGCCAUCUAUUGGAUUAUCUUUGGUAAUAAGGAAUUUCCUCUAUCUGGAUCAAGUCCAUGUUCAUUUUUACACACGAUUGAAUUCUGUGUCAUUCUGUCUGAAAUCAAAUUAAAUGUUCUGCUUGACCAUUUCUAACUUGUAUAAUCAUUUUAUGGUAUAAAGAUUGAGCAUAUAUAAUGAUUGCUGUGAAAUUUUAGCUUCGUGUAUGAAAGAGUUUUCAAGAUAUAUAUUUUUCAAAAAUGCCCAAUCAAAGCACAUUCAUGCCAUUUCUCUUGCACGUUGAAAUCGGAGACAAUGUUUGAACACGACUAUUAAAAAAACAAAAACAAAAU